UCCCAAAUUCUCGCGCUCUCUCAAAACGCUUACACACAACCAUUAAAACAAAUAACCGUCUUGACAAAGAGAAACCCUUCUAAUGUUGAUGGUCUAGAACAAAAAUUCGGCAAUAGGAAUAGGAAGUCUCUCCUUAAACCACAACACCUGCAUUU